AUGUCCAUGUCGCCAAACACGUCGCCGUCCUUCGACACACCAGGAAAUUCUUUUCCUGAUCUCGAGAACAAUUUGACCUCCUUCAACGCCCCCUACGAUCCUGGCCAUAUAUUAUCCCCUCAGAUGCACAAUGCUCCCUUCCAUUUCGCCAUUCCCGAACUUGGUGAUGGUCAAUCGCCGUCUUCCGCCCAUUUCCACCAUCGCAUGAGCAUCGGAAGCUCAGGUCCGCUACCGACUCAAUUGCACCCUGGCAGCAUCGCCGACUCUGAUGCGACCAGUCCUGUGAGUGGCCAGGAUCCAGGUUCCGUGGGUCCCCCGACAAACCCUUCGACUGGUCAGCCGCUUCAAGACGAUCAGAAAGAUAAGAACGACCCAACACCAGCAUGGGCAGAGCUCAAGACCAAGGCAGGCAAGGAGCGCAAGCGACUUCCCUUAGCCUGCAUCGCUUGCAGACGCAAGAAGAUCCGCUGUUCAGGCGAGAAACCGGCUUGCAAGCAUUGUCUGCGUUCUCGCAUACCUUGCGUAUACAAGGUCACUACCAGGAAGGCUGCUCCGAGAACUGAUUACAUGGCCAUGUUGGACAAGCGACUGAAGAGAAUGGAAGAGCGCGUCAUAAAAAUAGUGCCUAAGGAGGACCAAGGUCGGAUAGGAACCAUUGCUUUUGGCGACGACAUCAACGACUGGUCAAAAUCAAAGUCUGGCGGUAGUGCAGAAGCUCGGUUGAGGAUCGGACCCCAAGAGCAAGAUGAACGUCGAUUACUUCAGGAAGGAGCCGACCAAUUGCCUUCACACGAGUUGCAGAUUCAUCUGGCUGAAGUAUAUUUCGAUUAUGUUUACGGCCAAAGCUAUCAUCUACUGCAUAAACCAAGCUUCAUGCGAAAACUUGAAGUUGGACAAGUACCACCAGUGCUCAUUCUGGCUGUUUGCGCCAUCUCUGCUCGCUUCUCAUCACAUCCUGACGUUAAAACGGAACCUGCUUUCUUACGGGGCGAGAACUGGGCCAGUGCGGCGAGGGAGAUCGCUUUGAAGAGAUACGAUUCGCCAAACAUUACGAUCCUCAUAGUUUAUCUCUUACUGGGUCUGCAUGAAUUCGGAACGUGUCAAGGUGGUCGAAGCUGGAUGCUCGGUGGUAUGGCGCAACGUAUGGCAUACGCUCUGCAAUUACACAAAGAUUUGGAUCACGAUACUUCAACUCAACUGCCAGUCAAGGAACACUUCUUCCAAUUUGAGAUUCCAGGCACAACGGAAGUACUCGAAGGACCGAUUCCUGACAACACCGAAAACUCCGGACCACAUGCGCUUUCGGCGACCGAGAACAUGGGCGUAGCUGCAUACAUAAUCCGAUUGGUAGCCAUCUGGGGUCGCGUGAUCCGCUACAUGAAUCUGGGAGGAAGAGAAAGAGACAAGGAACCCAUUUGGUCUACCAAAUCAGAGUUCCAUGCCAUAAAGGAAGCUGUCCGCGAAUGGCAAACUGGACUUCCACUUUCGCUCAACUGGUCGCAAGAGAAUCUCGACACACAUGCAAGCGAGAAGAUUGCAAAUCAAUUCAUCUUCAUGCACCUGAUAUGCAAUCAGAUUAUUUGCUUCACAAAUCGCUUCGCACUACCCUCACCAGGAUCAAAGUCGGCAAGCGUGAGGGACACUCCUCAAGCGUUCAUCACCGAAAGUGGGAGGGCCGCCUUGGAUGCAGCUAAUCAGAUUUCGGUCUUGAUCAACGAAGCUAUGGAUCAUAGAAAACACUGGGGAAUGUUUCAUUUCGUCACGGAAAAUCUCAAGGACUUAUACCGCAAACACGCAGACGCUGCUUUCCGAGGUGCACAAGCUGGUAACGCUCAAAAGCCACUGGAAACGAUCUUUCAAUAUGGCGAUUGGUUCGACCGAUAUCCUCACGGUGUCAGCGGCACAGAUUAUGAAGAGCCUGUUACUGCGGAUAAGAAUGAUCUGCAAAGCGUAGAAGAGUUCUUCUCGAAGUUGAGUCCUCCAAACAAGACCACAAAACAGAAGGCGCCCAGGAAGAAGCGUGGAAAAGCAGAUUCUCAAUCUAAACCGGCAGCUGCGACAGCGGCAGGAACGUCCGGGCCAGCCGCACCCAACCCAUCAGGCUUUCCAAAUCAGCAACAGAACCAAGCGCAACAUCAACAUCAUCCAGCAGCCACGGUCUCACAGAUGACAGCCGGGGCAAUGAACACCAACUUUGGCGUCUUGAGCCCUCAGAACAGCAACAAUUUCCCUGCCGAGCUGGCCAUGAUGCAACAGCAACAGCAACCAGAUCAACAACAGCACCAACAGUACAGCAACAUGCUCAACCUCGACCCCUCCAUGUCGCACUACCAAUCUCUCGACCCUUCUUCCGCCACCACCAACCCAUUCUCGAUCGACCUCAACGCCUUUGAUUUCGGCAUGAACAGCAACAAUGCCUGGCACGAUCAAAGCUCUGCUUGGUUCAUGCCCUUCAACGUCGACCCACCAUCUGUUGGCGCGGGCGGACUCGGCGACGAUGCAGGUGGUUUAUUCGCUGCAGAUUCGGUUGGCGGAUUCGAUGUCAAUUCUCUAUUCCCGGACUUUGGAGGAGCACAUCCUGGACUGUUGAUGCCAGAGCAUGGCUUUGAAGAUAACGGGAGUAACAACACGGACAACAAGUAG